UUGCACCCAUGUGUACGCCACUGAAUACUACUAUGAGAUCCAGUUAAUACAAGCCAGAAUCGUCCUAUCUAGAUACCUAUGAUGAGUCGGAUUUGAAAUCGAUCGGCUUCCGCGUGAAAGGCAACAACUGGCACUGAUGCGAUAGAGUGCCACCCCCUUUGUAAAGCUCCUUUCCACAGACUGAACAAGUCCCUUCCCCAAAAAAUGUGGAGACCGAAUCAUCAUAAACAUUUCAGAUUGGUACUAUAUGAGGCCGACACGUAUUUCGGAAACACAUUUCUCGUUCGGAGCACGCCUCUCCAAACGUGUUAGUAUACCGUAGCUCGUUUUAAAACUGGGCGCAGACAACCGAUGAGGUUAUUCACUGAUCCACUUUUCGACCAAGUGGCAGUCCCCUGACACUACCAACGGCGAAUGCAUCCGUCAGUAAUUAUUCCGAAUCCGGCGUUUAACAAGGGCCGGAGGACGAUUUUCAACCAGCCAAUCAAGAAAGUUUUGGAACAGCAUUUCCACAAGCGAAAAUGGCCGACAGUCGAGGAAAUCGCUUUUCUGGCCGACGUGUUGCAUCUGGACAAGAAAGUCUUGCGCAUCUGGUUCAGCAACCGACGCCAAAAGGAGAAAAGGAACAACAUGACGCCAGGCGAACUGAUGGAAGGCAUCCGUUUGACUGAAGCACUGGCGACGCACAAUAAUAACCAAAGCAACGAGGUAGACACUCUUCCAUUCACUUUAUCGGCCGUGCUAAGUUCCGAAAACGUCAAGCGCUUCUCUCUGGGUAAGCCGAACGGGAAGGCACUCCGGCGGACGGUUUUGGUGCUGGGAACCGGAGGACAAAUCCAUCAGAAAUUCAUCAAUCAAAUAAUCAACUACAUCGUCAACGUCGGAGGAGCGGAUAACUUCCGAUUUCUGGUCGAAGAAGAGGCUGGCCAAUCGAAUUGCAUUUCCGUCUACGACAUUCACCACGCGGAAGGAUUCCGCAUUCCGUUUUCACUGACGAUUGUGGUCACGCCUUACUCUGGCGACUCGGAAGAAGAACUUUUCAGGGAUGGAAAAAUGGCUGAAAUGUUCCGCGAGUUCAUGGACGCCAGGGACGGAAUCCAGGAACUGGACAUGAUCUGCAACGUCACCGUGGACACUGGCGGAAGAAAACAACAAUUCCUGUCCAUUUUCGGUAAAGACAUGGGGAAAAACAUCAACAACUGGAAAUUGUCGGUAGAUUUCUUGAGCGACAAGGGUCCCUGGCAACCGGUGGUCCGGCAUUUCUUCACUGUGUUGGCGACUAUGAAAACCGCCUCACUUUUAACGACAAAGUUGGUUCUGAAUGAGAGAAAACGGUUGGAAGUGACGGUAGGGCAACUCCAGUCAUUAAUCGCAGAAGUGGCUCCUAAAAUGGAAGAGAUGAACGCCACAAAAAUAGAAAUGAAGCACUUUCAAGAGCAAAUAGAAACCGAAUUAAUACAUUACAAUUCUUUGCUUCCUCAACUGUGUACCCAGAGUUUCUUUUCCAUUGCGCCUGGACUCUGUUACGAAUUAAGAUACGUCAAAGGGGAAGGUGCUGGCCAUUCGUCGAAAGAUCAAGUCAAUCGAAUGUACCGCCAAGCUAAAAUCAAAUGGAAUGAAAUAGAGUCCAGGGGAUCGCAAUUGCUCGCGUUGCUGCACAAAGAAAUCUUACAUAACGCAGCGGCCAUGAAGAUGAAUUUCAAAAACACUUGGGACUGUAUGCGGCAAAUCAACAGGAUCGCCCUUCACGGUAAUUCCUUUCUAACCCAAAGAGUCUUCGACCUCCUCUUUGACGUUGAGCAGCAUUUGAAGCAACAUUUGCCUGUUGGAAAAAAGAUGUAAAAGGAACAAGGACAUGUAUCAUUUCAGAAGUGGACUUUUACCAUUUGACGCAUUUUACUAUAUCUAACAAAUGUGUUUCAUCUGCUUGUUGCUGUGAUUGUAACCCUGUAGAUUUAGGCUUUGGUGCUGGUUUUCGGUUCAUUCUUUUUCCGUCGUCGUUGGUACCUGUAUGAUAAUCAGUUGAAAUCAAAUAAAUUGUGACGGAAAU